AUGCCAAGCCAUGACGCCCCCCUCCACCAAGAGGAAAGCCGACUCACUGGGGCCAUCAUCACAGCCGCGAAGCGCAGUAUCCCGUUCGGGAACGGGGGAGGAGGCAAGCCACCUUUCUGGAACGAGUCGUGCCAAGAAGCGGUCGACCUACGCGAAGGAGCACAGUCCAGAGCCUCCGACCCGGACCACACGGCAGACGACACCACCGCCGCACGCGAAGCUCGACAGAACGCCACCAACACCAUCAACAGAGAAAAAACAGCCUACGUCAACAGACAGCUGGAGGAGAUGGGAGCUGACACCGACCUCUGGAGUACCAUCAAGAUCCUCGACGGCCGCGUCCCACCAGCAAAACCGGCCGUUCCCAUACAACGACCACCGACAGCCGGCCAGACAGCACCGACCAAGGCGGCGGUGACAGACAGAGAGAAGGCCGACCUCUUCUGCCAGACCUACGCUGCCGUCUCGAGACUGCCCAAACGGAAGCAGGAAGACCAUGCACACCGGCACCCGCACCCCCAGACCACGCCUGGACUCCAAGACCUCCCGCGCUGGGGGCAAGUGACCGUGUCGCAGUUGCGGACCGGCUACUGCCCCCUGGCACGAGCGAUGCUCCACCGCCUGGAGCUCACCCCGGACCCUCUCUGCCGGGAGUGCGGUGCCGAGGACACCAUGACAACAACGAAGACAACACCGAAGACAGAGACAACAACGAAGCCGUUCAGGUAUCUGAUUUCUUUACGUCAAGAUGACAAGGUGUUCAACAAACUCAUCAAAGUCGACAAAAAACGUGAUGCACUGCAAGCUUCAAAAACAGCGUUCCAAGUGAACGGCGAUUACAUCCUAGAGUGGUACAUGAGUGACUUUGAUGACUAUGCCGUAGUAGACGAGGAAGCAGACAUUCCGAAUGCAGGGAAGGCAAGGCUCAUCCGGCUGGAGAGAUGCUCUACGCCACGGUCUUCUCCGCCACCAUUCUCGGCGGCUAACUUCGCGACGGAUGAUACGGUUCUGCUCCGCUACGGAACUCCUCUGGCCGAUGGUGGAGUGAUUCCUCUCGUCCCUGUCGGAUCUACCCCAACGAAAGUUGCAGCUGAUCGUGGAAAGGGGCCGAGUGCAGCAGCAGCCGCUGCUAUCGGCACGGCGACUGAUGGCCAUUUGUGUUUGGAUGCAAGUACCGACUCCUCCAGGUACAUUGUGGCCGACUCCGUAAAGGAAACGACUGCAGGUGCUUCCGAAGACAGGCAGAGUGCCUUGUCCUCCAGCCUCACCAGCAAAGGACGCACUUCCAGGGUGUUCCGCGUCGAGACGUCCCGCCUCGGACCAGAUCUUCAGGACAAGAUCAAGACGGGAGAACUGUUGGCCAAAGCUGACAGAUGGGAGCUCCUGACUGCCUUCCACGAGCAGUACUGCAGUGCCGCUGGAUCUAUGUACCUCAAGGACAUUGACGAUCUGGUGGGCGACUUUGUCGAACAAUUUCCUGGCUUCGGACAUGGACUCGACCUCUCCUCGCGCUUGAGGUUUGCGAAGGAAAGCUUGACCACCAAGUUCAAGAACAGCAGGAAGCGCUCCGCCUCGGAAGAGGUUCAAACAAAGAAGCGCAAGAAGUCCUGUCUGAAAAACUACCUGCCUGCGAAGACAGAAAAUCACAUGGAGGUCGAGUUUCUUGUAAGGAAGAUGAAGGAAGAGGGCACAACGAUGGACGAAGACGAGGUGGCGAAGGCAAUGCAUCAAACGCUACCGGACCGGCGGCACCGACUCAUCGGGGCAAAGAAGCAGGUGCUCACGGUGCUGCUCAACCGGUACCCCCUCCUCGGCUCGGAACAGCAGCUUUGGGCCGAACUGGCACGCCUGAGGGGAAACGCCGAACCGGGGAGUGGGCCGGCCCUGUUCAACGAGGCACGCCAGAAGCUCACGGACUUCCUGGAGCUGGUCCGACAGGAGAGGAGGCAGCAGACUACUUGUGCUCUGUCUUCAAUGAAGAGGAUGCGAUCUUUCCCGAUGAACGGCCAGCGAGCGGCCCGCCCGUCAUCGCGGACAACUCUAUUUUUGUUGAGGGUGUGAAAGUGUGUCCGCUAACGAGUGAUGGGAAAGCAGAGCAGCUGUUGGCGUGGGGGGCGAGCUUCGCGGUCUACGCCCAGAGGCCCACCGCGCGAAAAUUUGAAAAUCUAGCAUGCCUGCUCACACGGUAUGUACUCAAAACAGACGAAU